GGACUGCGAACAAUGAACGGAAGUUAACACAUGUCAAGAGCAUUGUAGAUUGAUCACACAAGCGGACGGUUUUAUCAAGCUGGAUAUUUUUGUUUGCGUUAAUAUCAAAUUUAAGUUAUUACAAAAACGAAUAUGUGUUUCAUCUAUUUCGGCUUAUAUGUUCAUUAAGUAUAUUUUAGAGAUUUAAAUAAGAAACAGGCUGAAACAAAUAAGUUAAAAUGGCAACUGGGGGGCCUCGAGAUUCAAAGCGGGAAAAUGCGGGCGACUUUAUUGGAGAAUUUUCUGUUACACAAUCAUGUGAGCCUUGUAUGAAAAGUAACGAAUCUAAAACAGCCACGGUUUAUUGUGAUGAUUGUUAUGAAUAUCUGUGUGAUUCCUGCAAAAAUCCACACAUAGUUUAUAAGCCUGGAAAACAUAAUAUUGUCGGAGUUUUGGACAUCGUGGAAAUGAAAGGAUUAGACAGGUGUCAGGAGCACAGCAAGAAGAUCAAGUUUUUCUGCCAGGAACAUUUAAUUCUAUGUUGCACUUCCUGCCUUUUUGUACAUGGGAAAUGUGGCAAAUUACAUGAAAUAGACAGCGUAACUGAAAAAGAACUCGCAGACAGUGAUGGGUUGAUGACAUCAUUGAUUAAAUUGGAAUCCGAUACUGACUUUAUCAUAGCUGAAAGUAUGCAGCAGGAUAGUGAUUUAAACAAAUCUGUGUCAAACGUGAAUAAAGAGUUAGAUUCAAUAAAACUCUAUGUCAUGCAACUUUUUGAAGAGGCUCAGAAUAACGUACAAUCUGAAGCAAACGCUUUCAAGUUUGAAGAAGUCAACAGAAGCCACACCGUCUGUACAAAGGUGAAGGAAGAUCUGCAUACAAUAUUGCCAAUAUGCUCUGCUGUGUAUGAACACGGAACGCCACAACAAAAGUACAUCCUUUCGAAACGCAUGGAGGAGAAGCAUAGGAUGAUCAAAGCUCAACAAGUCACACCUCAUCUUUCGUUGUCUUUCGCAAGGGAGCUGACAUCUCUCCUUGAGAUGGGAAAGGAUUUUAUUAAACUCCAAAUCCAGAAAGUGGAGACCAGUAUUAUCAGCUCAUCAUCCCAACCAAGGCCAUUUACCCUGGAGCUCCUCGUAUCCGUGGAUCUACCAAAAACUGGAGCUGAUAAGAAGGAACCUCUCCUCUCUGGACUGGACUUCCUGCCGGACGGGAGACUGGUAGCCGUGGAUAUCAAUAAUAAGAAAUGUAUGAUACUGAAUGAGCGACUGCAGACACUUGGAACACCGUACAAGUUCAAAACUUAUCCAUACUGCGUAGUAUGUGUGUCUCAUGAUGCACUGUGUGUAACGGGUGGUGGUUGGAAAGUAGUAGUUCUCCUGUCUGUGAGUACAGACAAUACCAUCAGACUGACCAGGGUGAUCAAUACAUCAUCAAUGUUUUACUCUAUAUGCUGCAUGUCUCCGUCUCACAUGGUCGUGAGUACGUGGGAUGAUCCUCUCCCUGCGAGAAUAAUAUCACUGGACGGGGUGGAGAAUGACUUUGAUCACGUCGUGUUCCCUACAAAAAUGUACAAACUAGAUGAGAGUACGUGCACGUAUGUCCAGUCUAAGAACACGUUAAUACUGACUGACAGGUUCGCUCACACAGUAUUCAUUUACGACACCAUGAAGAGCACGUCUAGAGCAGUCACUGAUGAGAACAUACGAGAACCUCGUGGUACCUGUGAAGGACCGGGUAACACAGUUCUAGUAUGCAGUAUGUAUAAGGACUCAAUCGUGCACAUGAGUGUUGAUGGGGACUUAAUCGGUAAAUACCCAGUGGAUAUGAUGUGCCCACACAGCAUAUGUGUGUCUAAGGAUGGCAUUAGACUGGCGGUGUCCAACUGCCAGGUAGGCGACAGGAAACUUCAUUUGUUAAAGAUAUUACCGGCAAUGAGUUAGAUGACUAGUAAGACGUAAUCCAUGUUAUCAUGCUAUGAACUUCUCACAUAUAAAAUAUAAUGGUGUGUGUAUAGUGAUGUUUUAUCAAAACGGUAUACGUUUUGAUUAAUUAGAAUUUAACGGUGUUGUUAUUCUUUAUUAUCGUACCAGCAUUUAAAACUUCCUAUGUAUUGUGAAUUUAUCAUUAUUUAACAUUUGUUUCAAAACAUGGAAAAAACGUAAAUAUUGUACAAUAUAUUUCAAUAACUUAAUAUAUAUAUAUGGGCUGUAAUACUAUUUUUAUUCCCAUUAUAUCAACUUACCCGGUGUGGUUCCCAAAUAUUCAUUACACGGUAUACAAAUGAUCACUUAUUUUUUUUUACAUAUUUCUGUUGUGUCAAUAUGCUCUUUAGUUUAGCGCGUUUGAUAUUCGUCAAAGUAUGUUAAUAGUCGGCCUUUCAUUUAUUCAAAGUCUGCGUAACGUUAUAUCAGACCCAAACCAACCAAUAAACUUGCGGAGUAUGCUUUAACAGAAAAUCAACCCACCAUACUCAAUGAUUAGAACAUUGCAAUCAUAUAAUUUGUUAAGGGAAUACAUAUUUGGAUUCGCAUAAUUUAAGGAGAUUUUACUGUUUUGUUUUCCAAAUUUACAUGUUAAUUACCAUGGCACUCCAAAACACGAGAGAAAAUCUAAAAAUAAAUACCUUUUUAUCAGCCAAAUAUUUCAAUAAUUCAAUUUGAUGAACUGAUUGUAAAUACAUAUUUCUGAAUGGCAAAUUAUACAUAUAUUAUUGAUAUUACAAUACAUUUGUGUUCAAUUAAUUCAUGAAGGAGUAAUAUAUACGAAUAUUGCAAUUUAUGUUUAAUUUUGAUUGGAAUGUUAAUGCUCUUAUAUUUGAAAGACGUAAAUAAAAUGAAUAUGGUAUAUCUAUUUUAAAUAUUUUUAAAUUAUUUAUUGUUCUGAAUUAAAACCGUAUUUUUUUCUUGAUGUAUAAGCUUCAAAAAUCAAAAUCAAACAGUUAAUGCCCGCAACCCUUUUAUUCAUGAAGCGGGUUUUUAAUUCAAAAUUAUAUCCUUUUUAUUACUGUUGAAUUUUUUUUUUUAAACAAAUAUUGCAAAUAUGCACCAAUAAAAGCUUCAUAACAUGUCAGAUACAUAUGUUUUUAUAAAGGAAUCUUGUUACAUAACUUAUUAUCAGCAAUUAAAAUUGAAUAAGUUUUACCAUUCAAUUUACCACAAUUAACAAUCUGAACUCCAGAUUUUUGAAACAUUCAUCUGAUGAUCAGGGAAGUCCUGUUUCAAUUUUACUAACUAUAUGACAAUUAUGAAAUGUUAAAAAGCAACUCAUUUGUGAACAAACCAUGUGUUUACCUUAGAUAAAAAAUAUGUUAAGGACAAAUGUUAAACAAUUGUUAACCGAAUACCGCUUUUCCUCUGUGUUUGACACUGCCAAUAUAACUAUCCUUGUGUACAUGGAAAAUCAAAUUAUUGACACCUUUAUAACAGACAUGGCUUGGUAUUAUAUUGUUGAAAUCAAUAGAAUGUAUAAACUAAUCUUGAACAUGAAUACUACUUAGAUUUAUUGCUUUAGAGUCUACCUGUGUACUUUGUAAAAUCUGACCACCCCUAGAUAAUGCAGACCAAAGAUACUCACACAACAAAAACCCUCGUGAAGAACGUUGCAGCCUUUGUUGUAAUAAACUGGACAUAUAUGACACAUUGAUUUUCAUUUAUGUUUAUUCAUGCUGCUGUUUACUACAAGACAAUUCUUGAACGUGUUUAUUGCAUGAAUCCACCUGUUGUUACGUUCCAUAGACUAGUUUAUUGACAUAUAUGACAUCAACAGGUAAUUUGACAUUAUUAAUGUAUAAAUGUAUGUACAUACGUAAAGGAUGCCUUAUCUAUAUGAAAUUAUAUUAUAAAUGCCUCUCAAUGAAAAUUGAUAGUUCUUUUGUACAUCCUCUGAAAUCAGUCUGUGUAUAUUCCUUUAAUCUUUGAUAUUUCCUGAAUAAUUGGAUUUCGAUUUUUUGUUCAUCACAAUUAUAUCAUGUACACGGAAGUAAAUGAUUUUUUUUCCUUACUGCCCUUAAAGUUUCUCCUUCUCCAAAUCGUUAAUUUUCUGUUCUUAUUUUGCUUCGUUUGUUUUCUGUUCUUAUUUUGCUUCUAAAUUUAAUUGAAUUUACACAAUCUAUGUAUAAAUUGUUAUAGUGACGUUCUUUUAUUUCAAAUUGUGCGCAUUAAA